AUGCCAAAUUAUGUUAAGUUCAUAAAGGAUAUCUUGUCAAGGAAGCGGCAAUUAGGGGAAUUUGAAACUGUUGCUCUCACUGAAGGGUACACAACAAUGUUGAUGAACAAGUUGCCUCCAAAGUUGAAAAACCAAGGGAGUUUUACUAUUCUUUAUUCAAUUGGAAAUCAUUAUGUUAGUAAGACAUUAUGUGAUUUAGGUGCAAGUAUAAAUUUAAUGCCUAUGUCUAUUUUCAGGAAGCUAGGAAUUAGAAAGGCAAGAACCACCAUAGUCACACUGCAGCUAGCAGAUAACUCCUAUGCACAUCCAAAAGGUAAGAUUGAAGAUGUACUAGUAAGAAUUGAUAAAGAGGUACCAAUUAUUCUUGGUAAAAUGUUUCUAGCAACAAGUAGAACGCUAAUUAAUGUGCAAAAAGGUGAGUUAACAAUGAGGGUCAACGACCAGCAGAUAACCUUUAAUGUUUUUGUUUCCAUGAAGUGUGUAGAUGAAAAUGAAGAAUGUCACAUUAUUGAAUUUCUCGACACAGUAGUAGAGAAAGAAUUUGCAAAAUUUUGUUACAGUAACUCUAAUAGUGAUGGAAAUCCAUUUGAGCUGACUGAACCAGAAAUGAUUGGUGAACUUUGUGAACUUAUGGAGAUCAAGCAAUUUAAAUGUUGA